AUGUUUUAUACAGCUACCGAUUCUCAUAGCAAAAAUAAGCAAACUCCUAAAAAGAAACAUGUAAACAUAAAAGAUUAGUACACUGAAGAGCUUAUAGUUCGUAUACCUGUUCAUCAAUGUAUGUCAAUAAGCACAAUCAAGUAGAAAAUUUAGUAAAAAAUUGGAGGUGUUAAUGGCGGUAUUGGAAAAAUAAGACUCAGAUACAAGUAGUAGCUUCUCCAAAACAACAAUGCAAGCAUAGCAGAUUACAAUAUCAAAAAUGAGUCAACCCUCUACUACUCUCCAGUAUAAUCUAUAGAUAAUUUUGGAAUGAUUCAUCCAUACUUCUUUGAUAAUAGAAUGAAUAAGUCGAUUAACUCCACUUUAGCAGAAAUAAAAAAGGCGCUAAAUUGCAAAAUUAUUCCAAAAUUAACAGAAUCAGGAAUUUCCGGAAGUUAUUUUCUUGAAAAUGUAGAUAGGAAUAAUGUAGCUAUUUUUAAACCUUUAGAUGAAGAGCCUUAUGCACCUAAUAAUCCCAAAGGCUAUGUAGGAAAAUUAGGAUAGAGAGGAAUUAGAUCUGGUAUACGAAGUGGAGAGCAAGGUUACAGAGAAGUUGUUGCAUAUAUACUGGAUCCAGAAGGAUUUCAUGGAGUGCCUGCAACAACAUUUGUAGAGUUUUAUCAUCCCUCUUUCAAAUAUAACUAAAGCUAGCUAACUAAUUAAUAGAAAGAAGAUCAUAACAUAAAAAGACCAUCUUUCAUAGAUGUUGAUAAAGCCAAUUUUUAACAAAUUUUAAGUGAUUUUAAUUAAGACCAAAUUAAGAGAGGGUCUCUCUAAGUAUUUGUCAAGAAUACAGAAGAAUGUGGAAACUAUGGAAAUUCAAUAUUUUCAAUUGAUGAAGUUCACAAAAUUGCUAUUUUAGAUAUAAGAAUCCUAAAUUGUGAUAGAAACGAUCAAAACAUUCUUGUGAAGAAGAAGAAAAAAAAGAAAGUGAAUAUCAAUCCAUAGGAGUUAAAAAAGCUUCCUAAUUAUAAAGCUUAGCUACUAGAAUAUGACUUUUAACUGAUUCCUAUUGAUCAUGGGUUAUCUCUUUCAGAUUCAUUUGAUAUUUGUCAAGAUGACUUAAAUUGGAUGUGGUGGGAAUAGUCAGAGUAACAGUUUUCUGAGAAAUCUCUUUAAUACAUUGAAUAGAUACAAAUUGAAUAAGAUUUAAAAAUAUUAUAAAAUUAAUUUAAUCUUCGAGAAGAGUGCUUGAAGUGUUUCCGUAUAGCUAACAUAGUUCUGAAAAAAGGUGCCUAAUCUGGAUUAACUAUAAAAGAAAUAGGAAAUAUUUUAUAUCGAGAGGAUAGCGAAAUAGAGUCAACAGUUGAAAAAUUAAUUUAAGAUGCACAGCAUUAUGCAAAUAUAUGCAUAAAUGGAGGAAACUCUGAUUUGAUUAAGAAAAAAAUUCAAAAAGAUAUGGCAAAAAAUAAUUUAAAACGUUAGGCAGAUAUGACUAGCAUAAAAGAAUAAUAUAACAUGGAAGAAAGUGUAGAAACUUCCAAAUUUAAAAUAAAGCUUGAAUCUACCCCUAUAAAAAAUGGAGAAGAUUCCCCUUAAAGAUCACCUGUAAAAAAUGGAAACGGAAAAGAGUGUUUUGAUGAUAUAUUUAUAAAUUAACCUACUAUCUUAUAGAAAGUUGAAUCUUGUGUAAGUAAUAUUGAUAACGUUGAUGAUAGUUACUACCUUAGCCCGAUUAAUUCAUUAAAAGCUGAAAAAAAUAUGUCAUAAAAUAAAGUUCACAUAGUUAAAUUAAAAAGAUCUUUUUCUCUGCCUGACCUUUAAUCUGCAAAAAUAAAAAAUCAAAACGGUGAGCAAUUAGAUCAGUCGGAACCUGAUAAUUCAGGUAAAAGCGAUAAAAAGUAAGUAAAUGUUAAAUUUAGUGAUUAAAACGAGCAUGGUUCUGCUUUAAAAAUUGGUAUUUAGAGCGAAAAUCUAUCUAAAGUAGGAUUUUUAGGUAAAAAAGCUGAUGCUGCUAAGUUAAAAAAAUAAAAUGAGGAUAUAUUUUUUUACUAUUUUGAAAAUGUACUCAAUAUGCACAUUGAAAAGAUUAUUCAAGAAAAAUUAAAUCCUAACAAAGGUAGAAAAAGGGGACGUUUAAGUUCAGAAGAAUAUACAAAAUAAACUCUACUACAAUAUAAAAAAUGA